GCUCCGCAGCCUAUAGAGAAGAGAGGAGGAGAGACAGGCACAGAGACCGAGGAUACGGAGACACGGAGAAUGGCGAGCACCUUCAUCAACAUGGGGCCGACAGCACCGCUCGUCCUGCCGCUGCUGCUGCUGGGGCUCGUGUGUCUGCUGCUGGGCCGCGUCCGCUGUCUCAACGGCGACGAGGACCAGGGCCAGGACACCGAGUGCAAGAUGAAGAGCGUCACCGUGUCAGCGCUGCCGUUUCUGCGGGAGAACGACCUGAGCAUCAUGCACAGCCCGUCGGCCUCCGAGCCCAAGCUGCUCUUCUCCGUCAGGAACGAUUUUCCCGGGGACGUGGUGGUGGUGGACGACCUGGAGAACACCGAGCUGCCCUUCUUCGUCCUGGAGAUCUCUGGGAACACGGAGGACAUCCCUCUCGUGCGCUGGCGGCAGCAGUGGCUGGAGAACGGCACUCUGCUCUUCCACAUCCAUCACCAGGACGGAAGCCUGAACCUCCCCGAACCGACCGAAGACCCUGCCAACAACUCGGCGAAGGAGGAGCUCCGCAUCCUGCACAUUUCUGUCAUGGGUGGGAUGAUCGCCCUUCUGUUGUCCAUCCUGUGUCUGGUUCUGAUCCUCUACACCCGCAGGCGCUGGUGCAAACGCCGCCGCAUCCCUCAGCCCCAAAAGAGCGCCAGCGCUGAGGCGGCUAAUGAGAUCCACUACAUCCCCUCGGUGCUGAUGGGAGGCCAGGCGAGGGAGAGCUUGAGGAACUCGCGGGGUCAAGGGCCAAACUCCAGCGGAACGCUCAGCAUCCGGGAGACGCCGAUUCUGGAUGGGUACAAGCAGGGUUUUGGGUACGAGUACGACAUCACCGACCUGCGCCACCAUCUGCAGCGGGAGUGCAUGAACGGCGGCGAGGAGUUUGCCAGUCAAGUCACUCGCACGCUGGACUCCCUCCAAGGCUGUAAUGACAAGAAUAACAUGGACCUCACACCUGUGAGCGAUAACACAAAGCUGGCCCUAAUGAACAAAUACAAGGACAACAUCAUUGCCACGAGUCCCAUCGACAGCAACCACCAGCAGAACACCCUGCUUCCGCACAACACCUCCACCAGCCAACGCAAGCGUCUCUCCAGCAACACCCGCGCGGGUUCAACUUUCUUGAACCCAGACGGGGACUCUGGCACGGAGGCCGACAGCGAGCCUCAGCUGGCCUUUUACACCGACCCAAACCGCAGUCGCCGCCGGAGUCGAGGUAUGAGAAAUGGUAAUGCCAACAGCGCGUGGGGCUCAGGGGCAGGUUCUCCACGGAGCCCCAUCAACAAGACCACCCUCACUCUGAUCAGCGUCAUCAGCUGUGUGAUCGGCCUGGUUUACUCCUCUCACCUCUCCUGCAGCCUGUCAGUGCGAGUAAUCCUCCAUGUGCCGGAGCACCUCAUCGCCGACGGAUCAAGGUUUAUCUUGCUGCAGGGGAGCCAGUUGGAUGCUUCGGACUGGCUGAACCCUGCCCAGAUCUUGUUGUACUACCAGCAGAAUGCCAGCGGGCCAUGGGUCAAUGAACUGUGUGGACGACGCCUCCUGGACCCGUGUGAGCAUCAGUGUGACCAAGAGACAGGAGAAUGCCUCUGCCUGGACGGCUACAUGAAGGACCCGGUCCACAAGCACCUGUGCAUCCGCAGUGAGUGGGGGCCCAAUCAGGGUCCCUGGCCUUACACCAUCUUCCAACGCGGUUUUGAUCUCGUGAUGGGAGAACAACCCUCUGAUCGCAUUUUCAGGUUCACAUAUACCUUAGGGGAGGGAAUGUGGUUGCCGUUGAGUAAAAGCUUUGUCAUCCCGCCCGCCGAGCUCGCCAUCAACCCCUCGGCCAAGUGCAAGACGGACAUGACGGUCAUGGAGGACGCAGUGGACGUGCGGGAGGAGUUGAUGAUCAGCUCAUCCUUCGACUCUUUGGAGGUUCUGCUGGACUCUUUCGGACCCGUCCGAGACUGUACCAAAGACAACGGAGGCUGCAGCCGCAACUUCCGCUGCAUAUCUGACCGAAAGCUGGACUCUACAGGAUGUGUGUGCCCUCCUGGGCUCAGUCCUAUGAAGGAUGGGACUGGGUGCUAUGACCACCACAUCGGCAUCGACUGCUCCGACGGCUUCAACGGAGGAUGUGAGCAGCUGUGUCUCCAGCAGCUGGCUCCUCUGGAGGACGACCCGACCCUCUACAACAUCCAGAUGUUCUGCGGGUGCAUCGAGGACUACAAGCGUGGACCAGACGGAAGAUCGUGCCUGCCGCUGUCUGAGGUUUGCACCGAGGGAGUGGACUGCGCGGAAGUGGCAGACAUCCCUGCGAACCAGACGGUGUUCGGAGACCUUUUCUACGGAUACAAUAACCACAGCAAAGAGAGCACGACUGGGCAAAUCCUCAAGGCCACAUUCAGGCAGAAGAACUUUGCCCGUGGCAUCGAGCAGCAGCUCCCAGAUGGCAUGGUGGUGGCGUCGGUGCCAACCGAGGUUCAGUGCCAAGAGGAGCUGUCAGAUCCCGUACCUGACCCGGAAUACCUCACAGGUAUGGUGAACUACAGCGAGGUGUCUGGAUAUCCCCUCGUUCAGCACUGGAACCUGCGCUCCGUGCUCUACCACGUCAAACUCAACCAGUGGGUCCUCUCUCAAGCCUUCAGCUCGGCCAUCCAUUCUCUGGACGGGGCGACGCAGCGGAGUGACUUUGUCUCCAUCCUCAGGGAGUUUGGGAACCACUACGUGCAGGAGGCGGUCUACGGCUUCCAGGAGUCCUGCACCAUCUGGUACCCCAACAAGCAAGUCCAGAGGAAGCUGUGGCUGGAAUACCAGGACAUCAGCAAAGGAAACUCGCCCUCAGAGGAGUCAGAAGAGCGAGACAAAGAGCCAAGGACGCUGACCUAUCCUGCGUAUGUCGCCAGUCUGCUGGACACGGGUGCCAAGAGGAUGGCGGCUGGUGUCCGUAUGGACUGCACCAGCCAGGGCCAGUGUCCCCGCUCCUGCCAUCUCUGCCACAUGAGCCCGAGGGCGGCGCAAGGGCGGCAGCAGUCUGAGCCUGUUCUGUUGCAGAUAACUAAGGCCGCACCCAUCUAUGAGUUGGUGUCCAACAAUGAGACAUACCAGUCUCUUCAGGAAGCAAUGAUGAGCAUGCUGUGGUGUUCGGGGAAGGGCGACGUUAUCGACGACUGGUGUCGCUGCGAUUCCAGUGCUUUUGGCACAGACGGCCUGCCCACCUGUGCCCCGCUUCCCCAACCCAUGCUGAAGCUGUCCUACACCUACGAGCCCAGCAGCUCAUUGGUCAUCCUGGAGUGGAACCACACCGAGCCGCCAAUCGGCGUCCGCAUUGUCGAUUACCUCAUCAGCCAGGAGAAGGUGACGGAGAGGACUGACCACUCCAAAGUUGAGACAGAAACCCUUUUGAGCUUCGUGGAUGACAUCCUGUCAGGAGCCAGGUCUCCAUGUGUGAUGUUGGGCGACAUCCCCAACCUCCUGUCCACUUCUGUCAGCAUGAUCAUUCGCUGCCUGGAGCCUGACACCACAUACAUGUUCCGGCUGUGGGCAGUAGACAACACAGGACGCCGUUCCAGUCCAAGUGAGGUCACCAUCAAAACUCCAUGUCCCACUGUGGACGACGUCAAAGCACAAGAAAUAGCCGACAAGAUCUAUAACCUGUUCAACGGCUACACCAGUGGGAAGGAGCAACAGACGGCCUACAACACUCUGAUGGACCUGGGUGCCCCGACGCUGCACCGCGUGCUCUACCACUACAACCAGCGCUACGAGAGCUUCGGAGAGUUUACCUGGAGGUGUGAGGACGAGCUGGGACCCAGGAAGGCGAGCCUCAUCCUCUCCCAGUUGGACGAGCUCUCGCCGUGGUGCAAGGGUCUCCUGCAGGAGCCCAAGAUCGGCCUCCGCCGGAUGUCCCUCAAAUUCCUGUCCUGCCGCUACACCGACACGAAGGUCUUCGGGCUGAACUGGUCAAACAUGGGUCAGGACGUGCACAAGGCCUGCGACGAGCAGACGCUCACCGUCAUGUACAAUGACUACGGCGAGCCCAAGGAGCUCUGAAGGUACUCCGAGGUUUCCACUUAGCUUGGACGUGUGCGAGGGGAAUCUGAGAGAGAGAGAUCUGUGGAAUCUGACAAAGAAUCACACACACACACAAAGACAUGGUGUCAUUCGUGAACAAUAAACAUGAUUGGAAAAGCAGGUGAGAAUAUUUAGCAUCAAAUCUCAAAGAAAGAUUGCACAUCCUGCAGGGGCUUCACAAUAAAAGCCUUGCUGUCUUACUCUUUGAUCAUUGUUAUUAGUUUGUAGCGAGAAAAGGGAAGGAUUAGCAUUAAAUAUGUGGAGCAGAAAUCCAAUUAUAUCAGAGAGAGAGAGAGAGAUUUCAUGUCUUUUAUUAAUAAAAUAAGCAAAUUAAUUUCUGUUAAUUCACAUAGAAAAAGAACAACUAAUUAAAUAUUUUCUGUGCCGUUUGCUUCACUUUGUUUCUUUGUCGGAUGAAACGAUCUCCAUCUUGGAACCUUUGACACAAAGGGACAGCACAUUUAGUUUCUUUAUUUACUCUCCUGAUAUUAAAGGAUUGAAUCCAAUCUUUUGUUCAUAAAAGGCAUCUUUUGAUGUAGUGAUAGUGACUUUCUAAGCAUCUCACAUCCGUCCACCACCACCACCUGUAGAGGCUUUGUUUCUUUAAAGGUGAAAUAUAGAGCAGGCUUUAGCCAAACUUUACAGAUAGAAGUCAUCGUAACUUCAGUGUCUCCACUGCAUUUCAACCACUGCUAAAGAUCUUAGUGAUUCAGAGCGUCUGGUCGCCUUUGUAUGCUUUUUAACAAUAACUGCAACAUACUGGGUAAAUGAACUCAAGAGCUCGUUCCCACACAACUUUACUGCAUUCUCUAUUACGUUUCAUCAGGAAUAUAAAACAAAUGGUGUUUCUGCGUUUUGAGGUCAUUUAACGUUAUUGGAAUCUUCUCCCAGGUAAAUUUUAGGCACGUAAAGCACCAGUUAUGGUUUUUCCCCAUAAUAUCAACAUCUUCUGUAUAGAAACACCCCAGCAUGUCAUUUAAGAAGGUAACAACAGACGACGGCGAUGUUUGGUGUCAAAUUGAUCUUAUGCCUGUCCCGUGGGAGACCAAAGACACAAAGAAACAACUUUGUCGCCAUCACGCUUGGCGUUCAGUCAAACGGUUUCAGGGAGGAGAUUCCAGGGAUUUGGGAUCCCACAGAAUCCCGCGUGAUUUAACGUGACUUCAGAAUAUAAACAGACAUGUUUAAAAGCUAAACUCUUGUCCUACACACCUGUAGACGUGUGAAAUAUUCACUUCUUUUGGUUUGUUUCUGAGUCGUUCUGAUCUUUAAGUCUCACAAAGACACCGACGUCUCUUCACCAAAUACUUAGCACGUAUAUUUGAGAAUGCAGUUUACGGUUGUGUGGGAACAUAAACAAGGCUAAACGUUGUUUUGUGCUUCUGUGUGCAGUUAUUUAGACAUUUAACAAAUGUCCCGCCUCAGCCUGGUGAUCUAUAACUAACUGUUUUUUUUUUGUUUUUUUUUAAUGUUCUUUUUGUCUCAAAUGCCAACACAAAGAAACAUGCUACACAUAAAUAAUUCAACUCCAGUAUUUGACAUUAUUCUUUGCUUUUAAAGACAAAGGUGAGGUAGCAUGUGAUAGGAAAGUUAAAUAUAUGUAGAUAACAGAGGAUGGGGUUAUUUUUACCUUGUGCGUCGCAUUAACGUGCAUUUUUAGUCAUAUAACCAGCUGAAUGUAGUACUGAUAAUAUGGAUUUGUAAAGGGAGGCUGUAAAUAAGGGAGUGUUCGAUAAUAACAGGCGUCACAGCUGCUUUUGUUUUAUGUUAAACUGCCAGUAUUUCCUCUUUUUUUCCCCACAUCAUAACUAAAUUAACUGAUGAUUAAAUGUGACAAAUUCUGUAUUCAGUCUGCAAAUUAAGUGUCUUUAAUAUUUUGUCAUUAUAUCUAUGUUUAAACGUCAUUUAACUGUAUUUAUUUUGACUUUCGCACCGUUUAUUGUGAGUAAAUUGACUUAUUCAAUUCGUCGUGUUAUUCUACGUUGUUAAAUUGACUGUGCCGUGGCCACAUUGGAGAUUGUUGGUGAUUUUGUUUUUGUUUUUACAUGCAUAUAUACAUAUAUAUAUGUAUACAGUGCAUUUUAACAAAUCUCAUAAUGUGAAUACUAAAACGAGCGCUUGUAGAUUUUUUGUAUAGGCAGCAGAGUAUUUCAUAAAUGCAUCGUCGCAUUAUUCUAGCACAGUACUGUGUUUUGAAGCAGGUGUUUUCUAUGCACCUGUUGUAUAUACGUGUACAACAGGUGAUGUUUUACAACAGUUACUGUACGUGUGCUUUUAGUAGAUAUAAAAUGUUAUUGUACUGUAAUCUCUCCUGUGUAUCUUAGCGUCCACAAUCCCGAGGGAGGAGAACAUUAAAGGUCCAGUAUGUGGGAUUGAGUCGCGGUCUAUCGCAUCUAUUCACCUGAAAAUGAAAAGUUACGUUGUACUGUCGCUCAAACACUGGCUCUUAGAAAGUACUUAGUAGUUUGUGUUUUUAUGACACCUUAAGGCAGAGGUUUCAAACUCACGGCACAUGGGCCACAUGCGGCCCCCCCAGUCGAUUUCAUGCGGCCCGCCUCUUAAAUGUGUGUCUGUUGAUAUUUAAAGAUUCAUUUUGCAGCAUAAAUGUGUUUUUUUAUUUAUGAACUAUAUGUAGAAAACCAACACUUUUACUGUGAAAUGAUAAUAUAAUCAUUUGAGUGUGAGACCCCUGCCUUAAGGCCACUGUACAGUAGUUUCUCCUGAAGACUUUCUAGAUACUGAUGAAUCCGGCUCACUGGUCCUUUAAAAACUGAACUGAACAUUUGUCAUGACGUGGGACGACAAAGUAUUAAUUUCAUCACACCCGCGUGGAGUCGAACGGGGGAAAGUAAUUGUUUGAUGAGAUUAGAAACAUU